AUCCCCCUGAUCCAUCCCCUAUAGCCUCACGGCCUGGGGAGAACCUUCCUCUGGCUGCUGGAGAAUGACGUGAAUCUGGUCACCUCCCACCAGAAGGAGCGUGAGAGGACGGGGUCUCAGUCUCCGCUCAUGGCCAACAAGGACGCCCUCCUGCGUUACUCCUCAGCCUACCCUGACUUUCUGGAGGCAGUCAGGUUCCACCGGGCAUUUGAGGAGGCGCAUGCCAGGUCUCUACAGCCUGGCCAGGAGGGACAGGCUCUUGUUGGCUUUGGUGACUUCAAAUAUGAGACCCUUCAGAGCCUCUAUGAGUCUGUGGACCCCAAGAAGAUCCGAUUUGUCAACUACCUGCGGAGGACUUCGCCUGCUCCAGGUUCCCAGAUGGAGAAAGCCGUGGGAUACGUUCGGCGCAGAGACAGACAGAGGACCGGUGCCACGGCUGCUGCUGCUUCCGCCGCAACCACCACCACCACCAGCACCGCCACCUCUUUUACCUCCUCAGGGGGAGCGUCUGUCUCAGCGCCGAGGCCUGUUUCCAGGACUGCAUCACAUUUUGCAGCCUUCGUUUCCACACGGCGUUCUCUGUCUGGGGUGGAGAUGCAGGCCGCCUUGAAGAAGCUGAGCUCCUCAACUAAACCUGCAAUUCCAGCAGCAGCCUCCAGCAGAACCUCUGGACCAGCUCUCUCCUCAAAGACUCCCGUAGAACCCAGCGAUGAGGAGCAGGUCAGGGCAACUGCUGACACGGAGAAGUUUACGUAA